UGCCACCCAAGUCGUGCUGCGCCGAUCCCGCCUCCCGCCCCGCCAAGCUCGCCUCGCUCGCCUCCCGAUAAUCGGCGGAUCGCGGUGCGGACAGCGGUGCAUGUGGUAGUUGUUCUCCUCGAUUGAUGAAGUGACUAUCACACGCGGUCAUCCUAUUCUGCGCAUCUUGCCACAUCUUCGUGAUAGACUGGGAAUUGCGUAUCGCGGCCAUUUCGUCUUCGAGCUUCCCCGGUUCUACCUCGCAUAGCCGAGACUCGGACAGGUACCACACACCAUUGACACCCAGCUGCACCUCACCUUCAAGCAAACCUACCUCCGUCAGCUCCUUGCUUCGCGCCUUCACACCACUGCAGUCCGGCAGUCAUGUCGCCCGAACCCACCUGCACCUUCCUCAACAUCCCCUCGGAAAUCCGGGUAUUGAUCUACCGCUUCCUCUUCAAUCUCGACCUCUGGAGGAUUGCCCGUCUCGCCGGCUGCUACAACGAUGCGGCGGGCAGCUGCGACAUGAAUCUCUACGACGCCCAAAUCUACACCAAACGCCGCUGGAGCCCCAUCGCCUUUGCCAACUUCACCGCGAUUUUGCGCACGUGUCGCCUGAGCCAUGCGGAAGCCAUUGACAUCCUCUACGAGCAGACACUCUUCAACCUGCGCAUCUCCGACGAGCAGUACAACCGCACCAUGCGCCACUACGCGCCGCUGACCGACUGCGCCUUUCUACCGCGCAUCGAGCAUCUUCGUAUCAACCCAGACUUGCGCUCAUUCGACAUGCUGCUCCACCUGCCGAGUCUGCUGGACCAGGUUCUCGCGCGCUUGACGGCCGCCCCGGCGAAGAUCAUGGUGGAUAUAGAUGUCAAGUCUGGCUCGUUGUCGAGACUUCCGCCGACCAUGUGGCCUGUGGAGGAGCUUGUUGAGGAUCCGGAAUGGGAGCAGCUCCUGCGCGAGUUUGCGAGGUUGAGGCGGCGCCUCACGUUCCGCAUGCAAUCGUUUCGAGUGCGGAACAAUGUGCAACAUAGAUUGGAUCAGUUGGUGGAAGCGACUUGUGGAUAGGGCUCAGGUCCUCUGCAGCUGCGAACUUGCCCCUUACUUUGCCAUAGCACAGCGUCCAUCACCAUGACAGCCAUGGUCAACGAUCGAGAUCUGCUUAUCAACGGAGGCACAGGCACUUGGGAGUUCUUCUCGAAGCGAAAAGUAUGUCAUGGGUCAUCAGUCAGCAGCAGAUCAAACGUAUCCGAGACAUUUCUCCCAAUGCAAUGUCACCGGAAGCCCGCCAAGGACAGGGAUGAUGAUGCACGUGCAUGUACAUGAUGAUACCUCUCACUUGAUGGUGGGUGUUUCCCUUGCUGAAUGAGUUUGGUUUUGAGUUGGUGUGAUCAAGACUGGUCUCGUAGAGAUGAGGUGGUCU